UAUUUACAACCGGAAUGUGGAAUGGCCGCCGCGUUUCGCGUUAGUGCGAAUGGAUUGUGUUAUCAAAUCGUCCUGAUAAUAAUAUGUACAAUUUUAUUAGGUGAGAGUGACUUUUUAACACAAUAGUGUGCAAAUAAUUAUAAUGUACUGUGCUACCGAUAAAACUAUUCCCGGUGUGUCAUCGUCACAAUCUUCGAAGAACGUCAAAGAUGUUUGCCUAGUCUACGGCAACGAAUGUAUUGAUGCGUCAAACAUAGAGAGAGGUGUAUUCAUGAAAGGCCGGGGUGCCGGGGUGCUCUGGGCGCCGCGUCUGCUGACACAGUUCCGGGCGCCGGCGCGGCGGGCAGGGGCACUGCAGCCCAGCCAGACGACACGCGGUCGCCCUCACGAGCGCUCCCGCCCUACUGUGAGCUCCCGUAUCCCUUACGAUCGCGAAGUUAUAACUUCUUCUGAAUUCCGAACGUUACUGUUGUGA